GAAAUCGCAUCGAACAAUUUCUUGGCAUGAUUGAACAAUAGAAAGCGAGCGAGUGAUCGACGCUAACGACCAGCUCCUUCCCUACCUUUUUCCUGUCAAACGCUGGCCAUCCGCGCUACGCUUUUCCGUUUACGUUUUACAUGUACGCUGCGUCGCCACUCUUUUUCCCCCUCCUUUUUCGCUCGCGUAUCUUUCGAGAUCGAUUAGAAAGAAAUGCCGAUCAAAUGUUCGACCAAAUCGCGCGGAAGCCUCGCCGCGCCGGCUCGUUUUUCUUCCGAUCGAACAACGUGUAAUUACCACGAGGAAUUUCAAUCGAUGCCUCGGACGUUACGUAAACGAAUAGAAAUUUGACGUGGUCACUUACGAAACCCUCCUAACUUCCACCUGUCGAACAACUUUUUGGAGUGUCAAGGCCAAAGUCAUCAUCGAACACCGUUAUUACGAUUAUCUCUCGUUGACCACACGAAUCAAAUGAAAAAUACAUCGAUCGUUGAGCGUAAUUACGAUACCGUUCGACAUCGGGAUGACGCCGUGACAUCUCUGAAAGAUCGGGGCGUCGCGCAGGAUUACGAGGAAUUUGCAUGAAACUUUCGAGCGGCGAGCGAGUUAAAAUUCCGCGCGCGUAAAAAACACGCAUCGAGACGUUCCUCCUCGAGCGAAUCGCGAGCGCAAAUAUCACCGGCGUACCCGACGACUCGUCCUCAAAUUCUUGACGAUCCCCUUUCAAAGAUCAACGGGCGUGUCGCGGCAAGUCAUGCUUCGAACAGUGAUCAAGAUCAUCGGCGUUCGUUAUAUCUACGAUAUCGAUCUGGAUUGAACGAACUGUUCUAUCAGCAGGCAACAAGUAUCAGGACACCGACUCGCGAUACGGUAGCUAUGAAUAGUAUUCAUACAUAUCCUCGUAUUUCUAUCAAACGUUCAAACGUCGCAGAUACGAUGACACGCAAGUACUCUUUAUAGCUUUUAUAUUAUAUAUGACGGUACAAUAGAUUUACAGCGACGUAACUAAAAAAUAUGAAUAAAGAAUGGCAUUGGAUUUGUAAAUAUCGACACGUGUCCUGACACUUGUGGCCGAUGAUGUAAAUCUUCGUCGAGUUUUACGAACCCAUCGACCAUAAAAUGGCCGACGAAAUGACGCGACCUUAUCUCGAGGAAAAGAGCGUAAGACAAGGGAGAUGGAGGCCUUGAAUCUCGAAAAAGAAAGGAGUUGUCGUCCUUUAGAGAAAGCAGUGAACUUUGAUGGAACGAUCCAUCUCAUGGGCACGGGUGAGUCCCCCAAUUAUCGCGAUACGAUCCUGUUUUACGAUCCUGUCAACGAAGCUGAAUCGAGAAUAAAUCGCAGCUAGAUGGCCAUCGCAGUUUUCAUCGAAGGUUAAGAGACUUCCCAUCUCGGAUUUCUUCUUCGAACGAAUCCAAAAAUGGUCGGCACGUACGCGCGUCAAUUGCACUGGUAUUCCCUUAAAGUUAGAAAGGACUAGUCGAAGGAGUGGAAGCUGGUUAGAAUACUUUCUUCGAGUAGCUAUAGCUCUAUUCGCUCGAUGGCUGACCCUGAAGGUGAUUUAUCGAAAAGCCGGUCGGCUCGCUCGGAGAGUCGAUCGCUUUUUCGCGUCUAACGGCGUUCGAUUGCGAAAGGAUCAUGGUGCGAGCCUGGCGAGAAACCAAACUUCCUAUUUCCAAAGAGUUAGGCGCGUUGUCGUCGGCCGAGAAAGCGAUCGUUAUCGAUUAAUAGAAUUCUAGAGGCGCGAUGUACUCGCCGGUUCCACGAUUUUGUCCUCCUCCGUGUCCUUCGUCGGCGGAGACGACGUUCCACUUUCACUCCGUUCCUUCGAUCUUUCGAAAAAUUACAAUUACGAGGAGUUUGCUGCGUAGCUGGCUCGGGUUAUUUACGAAAGAUCACAGAGGGAUGCGCGAGUCGGAAUCCCCUCAAGGCGCCACGAGACCUUUGCAACUCCGCUCGAGAUAUACCUUGGUCCUUUGUUUGGACGAGCUCCAAAGAAGAGGACGAAAAGUAAAAAACAGACUGUGCGGUAAAAGCAAGAUGCAAUGUCCAUAGAAAUGGUUGGCCUUCUAACGCGUCGCUCAAGAGUCAAGUUUGAAAGGUUCGACGGUAAAUAGCAUUGGUUCUGUUCGAGUCGUGUUGACGCUGACUAUCAGGUGGCGACGCAGGUGCUCCUCGCCAACCUUUCGCUCGGUGGGGACCGUUUUUUUGACGGAGCUACGCCAAUGCGAGGCCAGCCAAGGCGCCUAUGUACGUCCAGCCCCCCUCUCUCUCUUCGACCUUAUCCUCCGUCGUAGAAAGCUCGACCAGACGACGCUGGCCGGAGCACAACGCUCCUGCUGCUGACUUUUCCACUUCCAUCGCGCAGUCUUCUGGCCGGACCGGACGCGGUCUUGCCCUCAAACAGCAAACGCGGUGUUUCCCCGGGUGAUUCCUCUCGAAAAUUUGAGCAUCGAUCCACCCCCGUUCAGAGCGAGUUCGAGUUGCCGAGCGUGCCCUACCGAACACAGUGCUUUCUCAAGAUCGCUCGCUGGCAGAGAAGUAGUCGCGCGGUGUACAGGUGUGACAAGUAUACUUGGAGUGCGCCUCGAUGUGAGCACGGUGCUUUCAUGAGGGAUUAAGGAAUAAUCGACGGAGCCGAGAGACAGUAGCGCCAACAUGCGGGAGAAAAGGUGGCUUCUGCUCGCUCUGUAUGGAAUUCUGUUGACCAACGCAGUUUCAGCCGAACGAAAGCCUACCAGACCGAAAUUCAAGAUCGCGACAACUUCCACGUCGACGACCACUAGCAGCACCACCGAAGACAGCCACGUCCACGAGAAUGAAAACGAAGAUACAGAGACGAUCACAACGGUGACUACCGAAACGAACGCGACGACUGGACACGUCCUCACAGGAAUCCCGCAGAUCGAUUACAUCUGGGACCCAAAUCUGCCUCGUGAACUGAACGGCUACAAUCUCAGCGAUUAUCCGUUUUACAACAGCAUACCGGAGGACAUCGACUUUAAAUGCGAUGGUCUUCACGAUGGCUUUUACGCAAGCGUGCCUCACAAAUGCCAGGUGUACCACCACUGCCUUUUCGGAACGAGAUACGACUUCCUGUGCGCGAAUUUCACGGCGUUCGACCAAAAGACCUUCAUCUGCCACUUCGUCUCCGAAGUCGACUGCGCCAAUUCGAAGAAAUACUGGCACAGGAACGAUGCCCUUUACAAGGCCACUACAACGUCCACAACAUCCACGUCGACGACAACUACCGUGGCACCGGUAACAGCCGCCGCAGGACGUCAGCUACCGAGGGACAGAGAUCUUCCAAGAAGAAGAAGACCCUUCAGAAGACGGCCAGCGUACGAUUACUACGACGAAGAAUAUUACGACGACGAUUAUAGCCGUCCGCGCGGCUACAGCAGAGACGACUACGACUACGACGACCGAAAGUACAGAAGAGACAGAGAUCGUGACUUCAGAGAUCGGGAUCGUGACUUCCGAGACAGAGACGUUCCAAGGUCUCGGGAAGGUAUCCCCAGGGAGGACAGAGAUCGUGACGCGGGCGCCAGGGAUCGGUAUCCGCCUAGAAGCAACAGAAGAGACCCUCCUACUAGGGCGAGAGAUCCUCUCGAGGAAGAUGCAAGAGUCAGAUCUAGAGAUCCCGAGCAAGGAUCAAGGUCCGCGUCUAGAGAACUCGACGACGCGGAAUUGGACGAUCGACGAACCGAGUCGAGGCUUAGAGACAUCGACGAUCGUCGGUACUCCGAUAAAAGGUACAGAGACGAUUACGACGAUAAAGAAGCUGGUUCUCCGCCUUCGGGCGCAACUGGAAACUCGGAUGGCUUGGUAAAGCCUGCAGCACCUGCAACAUCGGUCUAUGCAAGACCGAGAACUCCUCCAAAAAUUCGAAGACCCGUGCCGCUUUCCGAACAGGACAGAUAUGCCUACAAAGCUACAGCUGUUCAAUCGACCGAAGAACCUCGGAGAAGACCGGUGGACGUUGCAGACGAUGACUAUUACGAAGAUGAGUUAGAAGAUGUGAGACCGGUUCGAAGACCACUGAGAAGGAGACCAGCUUAUAGAGACAGGGAUCGAGACUUCUACGACACCGUAGAAAGGGAUAGGGGCCGACCCUACAGAACUCGAUAUCGGGACGACGAAGACGACCUGCGAUCGAGAAAACACUCGGAUCGCUCGAGAGAUCGCUACUACGAUCGAGAUAGGGAUCGAGGCGUAGAACGUGGAAGGGAUCGAUCCCUCGAUCGUGGAAAGGAUCGUAACGCGGAGAGACCACUGGAUCGCGAUCGAGGAAGAAUGCAAGACACGGACAAGCCAGAAAGACCACAUCGACCUCAAGAUAAAGAACGCGAGCCAGAUCGUUCUAGGACGGGUUCAAGAUCCAAGGAUUUACAAGAAACUACAGACUCGCCCAGAAGAGGCAGUAGUUACGAUCGCACGGAAAGGACCACUACCACUGCGACGACUACCACCACGUGUUUGCCCGAACAACUCGUUCAUAAAGCAGAAUCGAUUUCGAAAGAACCCCCAAACGAUAGACAAGCUUUUACCGAGAAACAAGGCAAAUCUGCGCAGACUCAAACAACGCGAACGCCGAUCGAGGAUGGAGAAUCGUAUCGAACGAAUCAACAAUCGGAUUACCAAGAACGAGAUCAGGACGAAAAGCGUGAUCGUGGCCAUUAUCAUACCGCGUCGUUGGAGGAAUACUCGCAAGAUUAUUACGACGAACCGGAAGAUCCACCCGCUCCACCGCCAAGAACCACGGUUCGCAUCGUUAAACGACCCUUCUUACCAUCUAGGGGCGGAAACCCUAAUCCAAGAGGCUUGUCUCCGGUCGGUGUGAAAGCUACCACGUCUAGGAAGGAAGAGGACAUAGCUACUGAAAGGACAAACGUUCAGGACAGAGGGAAAAGUUAUUACGUGCACGAGGCAACACAGGACAAUCUCGGGGAAUCUAAUCAAGAGCCUAAAACGCAACAAGAGGAAAACGAAAAUCACGAUACGUACAGGAACGUUCAAACGGAGAGCCAGCAUGGAUAUAACGACGAAUACGAUACAUCUAUAGUGAGACCUGCGAUUAGAAGGCCGACUGAGAGACAAAGGGAAGAAGAACAACAAAAAACUAUAAGCGACGCGUUCGUCAGGGUGUCCAAGCAGGAAGAAACAGAAAAUGAACAGAACUUUGGAGGACUAGCUAAAUGGCCCACCGAGGAAUUUUCCAAUCAGCAGAGUAACGAAGGAAACGCGCAGAUCUCGGGUUCGUUGCGUAACAAAGGCCGAUUAACCGUGACGGAAAAUUCGAACGUUUACGGGUCUACGUUUAAAAACGACGAAGCUGAGGAGCAGCCAACGGGGCCUCAGAGUUACAGAGUGAAACAAAGGCUGAACGAGGUGACGCAUCGUUUGCAGGAUAUCCCGGAAAGCGAGUACGACGUCACUUUGAACGACGCAUUAACGCCUACGCUGAAUCAGGAGGCAAACUUGCCCAGUGGAUUCGUUCUACCUCUUCACAGACAACUAGGAAGAGACGCGGUUCUACAAUCAUCCGAGAAUAAUUACAAAGUCUCCAGGCCCGUUAAUCAACAGCAACAGAAACCAUUCGUCUCUAAUUCUCAAUUUUUGCCAGCAGUUAGCAACAACGACAGACUAAGGACCGUAUAUUACAGAACGCCCGAAACGAUUCAGAUCGGUGGAGCGCAAUAUAGGCCGCAAAGAGGAUCAUGGCACGAUUACACCGGCUACUGAAACAAAUACCAACGACGAAGAAAUCUUGACAGAAAGCUUUGGAACGUUAGGAAAUCGAUCGAUUCGGGCACGUUUCGUACCACCAUCGAUCGAACGUUUCAAGGAACAAUCUUUUACAAAAGUUAACUUCCUUUCAGAAUAAAGGAAUUUAUUAGACCCUUGGUCGUGUGGUCAAACUUUUCGAUGUCUUUCAUAGGAGGGGAUAGGAAAACGGAUGGUUUUCGUGCAAUAGAUCUUGUGAAAGUAGAGAACGAAUAUCCGAAUAAUCAAACUGCUACAAAGAGAGGCGAGCAAAUAUGGAGCACAGUUAAAACAAAUCAUCACGAAUCCGGAAAUUAAUGACCUUUUAUUCGACCGAAUGAUCGAAAAACUAUCACUGUCCAAAAUAGCUUUUAGCAUUAGUAUCGACGACGUUAAAUUCAUUCUUCCCUGUAGUACUCUUUCAAAAACUAUGUUGUAAACAUUAGCCACUUAUUAACUACCUUAACUUAUUAGCUGUUCAACUAUUUCUAUUUUAUUAACUGUCACAGUAUAAAUCUCUGAUCGAAGAUGUAAAUUGCAACGGUUUCUACUUUCGGCUAAGCUUGUAAAUAUGCGCACGAUUAUUCACUAUUCCUUCGGAUUAAAUUAUUACUCCCAGUGCGAUGAUACGCGUGUAAACAGUUUUCUACGAAAGCACAUUCGUCGUCUCGAUUUUCUUUUCGACAGUAGUAGCAAGUAAGUUUUCUCGAGUAUGCAUUUUAUCUUUAAUGUAAUGUAAAUUAUACCAGUCUUGACGUACGAUAUUAAAGAGUGACAAAAUGUAUAAAUCUAA